AUGGUCAAGUACGGGAAUAAGUGCGAAUAUUUCGGCUGCGGUCGCUGGUCUCAGGUCGACAGACAUCUAUCAUUCUUCCGGUUUCCUGCGAAAAGUGAGAAAAGAUGUCGAGACUGGGCGCUGCUGAUGAACAGGCCAGACCUGCUGAAGUUGCCGGUAGAGAAGCUGCGCACGAGGUAUGUUUGCGCUCGUCACUUCCCGCCACACGCCUUCAUGAACGAUCUGCGCAACCGCAAGACACACGACGCAACGCCGCUACCCUACUGCGCACCUGGCCAACCCACCCUGCCAAGAAUCCCUUAUGUGGUGGAGUUUAAGCCGGAAAUGUGGGAAGAAGAGGAGAAAAAAACCGAUUUGCCAAUAAAGAGAGGAAGAGGAAGACCGAGAAAAACACCAAAGCUUGAUGGUGCUCUCGAUAAAAGUUUCAGUGAAGUGGUGUCAUGCUGUGCUCUUGCCUGUCCCAACACAUCAGAGAACCAUACCAUGAUCACCCUGCCGCAGGAUGAGUCGUCUCGUAAGCACUGGGUUGAUAAGAUAGAUCGGCUGGACUGGAGUCCUGAUGAAGACGCUGCUUUGUGUGAGGUUCAUUUUGAGGAAGAUAUGUGGGACAAAGACUCUGAAGCCAAGAAACUCCUCCCAGAAGCGGUUCCUUCCUUGUUCCUGCACGGGGAAGCCAUCAAGUCGUGGGUCACAUUGGACAACACAGGCAACAUUGCGGAUAUGGUUGUGGAGAGACACAGCACCAAUGAUGAAGACAGCGCCCAUGGUGGGAGCAAUUAUGAUAAUAAUGAGGAGUCUAUGGAUUGUUCAGAACCAGAUGAGAGUGCAUCGAUAUUUGUUAAACGUGAAGCUUUAGAGCCAGAAAUUGAUAUGGUUGAAGGAUGUGAAGAGGAUAUGGUACCAAGAGAUACUUCAAACGGGGAGCAGUUUGAAACCAUCUACUGUGAUUCUACAUUCAAUGAUAAUGAGGAUUCCAAUAACGUAAUCUAUGAAGAUAUUGAAGAAGAUGAUAUUUCCACGGCUCCAAAUUCAUCAGUGGUGGAUAUGAAUCCUCUAGCAGAUGAAAGAUGCUCCAGUCCCAUCCAGGAUGGUGAAGUAUCCUGCCUGGAAGACUCUACCAAAAAAAAUGCUGAUAGCAAGUAUUUGGUCAUCUCAAAAUCAUUCCAAAAAUUAAUGAACAGCAAAGUUAUAAGAAGGAGAACCGGCAAUGAACUGACAACAAAGUACCAGUGCCCAAUCUGUGAUAGAAGACUCAGCCGUAAAAAGAAUUUGGAGAUUCAUAUCCAGAAACUGCACCCGUUUGGAGAAAUGUCAGAAUACCAGAAGAAAAAGAAGGAAGGGACUUUGACAAAAUCAAAAGAAUCACCCAUCAAUGGGUUCAAAAAGCCACCACCACCUCUAAGGCCCAUAGUACCUCAAUGUUUGAUCAGCCCUUCAUUUCCUGUCAUUCCCUUGAAAACUCAAAACUCACCAGCAACAACCUCAGCACCCGAGGGAGUUCUUACAGCUUCCAUUCCCAUCCUCUCAUUUGCUUCGCAGAGUCCUCAUGUGUCAUCAUCGGUGGCAACGACACCAUCGACUAUUGUUGCCCCGUUGGUCACGUCCCAUUCUCUAGUCACCCCCUCGGCUCUUCUAACAUCACCCAACCUCACAUCGUCCUCCGCAGGGACUACUUUGAUGACAACGACGUCUGUAGUCACUACUCCUUGCCCUCUCGACCCAAGUCCUGCCGGAGGCGAAAUGAGGAAGCAACAAUUUUUACUCCUUCUCCCAAAACCGGCAGUGAUACCUUCUCCACCGCCCUUGAAUAAGGCAGAACCACCCAAAUCUUCUAAGCCUGCCAGCCCUACAAAACUAUCGAUACCUAGUGACAACAUGUACUCCGUCAACCUGGGCGAACUGUCGAUGGAGAGAAGGAUCAAGUUGAAGGAGAAACUGCGGGAGCUGGUCAACGCUGUUGUGAAGAAAAACUUGAACCCGGAAAGAAUAAUAAUCGCAUAUGAUAGAACGUAAAGUGUUCAAGUAAAUAUUACUAGUUAAAACAAAUUUAUGAUCUCUGUUAAUAGUCUAGGGUUUAUCUCUGCCAAAUACAGCAGUUAAAAUUCUUUCCAUAACUUUAUGGAUCUAUUUUAAUUUCAAAUUUAAUUUUGUUAUGUUCUAGUUCUUUUCAUAAAAGAUAUACUAAACUAUAUGAAAUAACACCAGAUUAACAAAUUAAAAUGGUUUUUAAAAUUGUAGAAUAUUAGUGUUUAUUUGCUGUUAGUGUUACCAAUACUUUUUUGGUUUUUAAAAUUGGUUUUCAUACAAUUUAAAUGAUUUUAAAUAGUUUAUUUUUAUUUAAAUGACUGGUUAUGAAUAAGAAUAUUUUUGUAUGUUAACGUUAGUUAAAUAUACAAGUACCUGUUUGCGAUAAUUGAACUACACUUUAAUCUGAU